AUGCCCUCAGCAGCUGCCCGCCGCCCGGCGCUGGCCAUCAGAUCCCGCCCCAGCCAAGCCCAACAACAACCCUCUGCGACCCAUCCCGUCGCAUCUACACCACUCACCACUCUGCAAACUGCGAUCCCAAUAACAACUUCUUCAAUCGCAUCGGUCUCCUCAUCAUCACCAUCACCAUCACCAUCACCAUCACCACCAUCACUACCACCAACAUCCAUUCCCAGCAGACCACCGCCCAACAAACUCAAACACCGACCUUGCACUUCCUCCAGUGACCUCUCCCCCAUCUGCUCGCUAGGCUUCAAUCCGGUCCAGCACCCCGCCACCUGCUCUUCACAGCUCGACCGCCCCUCCAAGCGAGCGAUGCCCACCCCCCGCAAAACCAUCGCCGUCGUCAAUGCGUCUGGCCGGCAAGCGGCCUCCGUGAUACGUGUGGCCUGCGCCGUCGGCUACACCGUCCGCGCCCAGUUACGGAAUCUCGACGGGAUCGUCGCUUCCGAAAUCUCCUCCCUGCCGAACGUCACGGUCUUGGUGGGCGAGCUGUACAUUCGCUCGCCCAAUUCCGCUCCCGGGACCCCGGGCUCGCUCCACGGAUCCGACUCACCAGAGCUGGGCUCGAAGAGUCGCGGGACCGGCGCGCCCAACCACGCCCUGAUCACGGAACUGUAUCGCGGAGCCCAGCUCGCCUUCAUCAACACCACCUUCUGGGGCGACGAGGUGGCCAUCGGAAAGGCGCUGGCCGAUGCCGCUCUGGCGGCAGAUAUCGAGCAUUACAUCUACUCCUCCAUGCCGGACCACUCGCACCACUCGCCCACGUGGCCCGCGCUCCCCCUGUGGUCCUCCAAGACCACCAUCGAGGCCUACAUCCGCUCCCUCCCCCCCCUCCUCGCGCGCACGACGUUCCUGUACACCGGCAUCUACAACAACAACUUCACGAGCUUGCCAUAUCCCCUCUUCUGCAUGGCCUGGAAGCCCGACAUGGGCCGCCACGGGGGCUUCGAGUGGACCGCCCCCUUCCAUCCCGACGUCCCCCUGCCGUGGCUCGAUGCCGAGCACGACGUCGGCCCGGCCGUCAUCCAGCUGAUCAAGGACGGCAUCGCGCGCUGGGGGAACGGCGAGAGAGUCGCCCUGGCCUACGAGAUGCUCUCCCCCGUCGAAGCCUGCCGCACCUUUGCCCGAGGCGUCGGCCGCCCCGUGCGGUACCGGUACAGCCCCACCAUCGACGUCCAGGUCAAGAUCCCCCACGGGUAUCGCGAGCAGCUCGUCGCCUUGGAGAAGAUGUACGCCCUGGGGGCCGAGGACGGGCGGCGGCAACCGCCGUACUUUGGGAGCCAGCAGAUGGAGCAGAGCUGUCCGGGCGAGGCCCUGGAGCUGUGGGAGGGGCAUCGGGGAUUGGAGGAGUAUGCGAGGGAGGUGUUCCCGCUGGAGGAGGCCGCGAAUGGAUUGACGUGGAUGAACGAGAGCGAGCCGGAAGGCGAGGAGGCCGGCCGGAUCGAGAGGGGCGACGAGAAGGGCGACGAGGAAGAUCGGGACAGCGAGGGCGAGAGCGAGGGCUUGGUGAUGGGCGGGGUGACGGAUACGCCGGCGCGACAAGAGGAGAGCUGGCUGGCGUGA